AUGAAGAGUAGAAAAAUUGAUUUUUUUUUCAAGAGGAAAGAAAGAGAUGAAGAGAAUUUAACAUCAAUGUCUGAACCUACAAGAGUUAUUGAGAAUCCAAGAAUAGAAGAAAACGUUAAUAGAGUUUGUUCGAAUGACAUUGGGAGUUUUUUAGAACGUGAUCCUGGCAAACGUCCUUCAAUGUGGGAAUAUCCAGUAAAUCAAAUGGAUGAAAUACAAAGAGCUUAUUUAAAAUGGGGUCCAUAUCAAAUGAAUUUAGAGAAAUAUCCAUCGUCUGGUAAAGAAGACCAUCAAAGACGUUUUCAACACGCUUGGUUUAGCCUUUUUCCUUCAUGGUUAGAAUAUUCACCUCCAGAAGAUGCUGCUUAUUGCUUACCAUGUUAUUUUUUUAGCAAAAGACUAAGUGGACGUCCUGGUUCUGAUGUCUUCAUUUCUAUAGACUUUAGAGGUUGGAAGAAAGUUAGAAAUGGAAAGAAUUAUGCAUUUCUUAAACACAUAGGGAAAAUUCCUUGUUCUCCAUAUAACAAUGCUAUGAAAACUUGUCAAGACUUGUUGAAUCAAGAUGGUCACAUUAGGAAUAUUAUUCAGGCUCAAAGUUCAAUUGAAAUUAUGAAGAAUCGACUACGUCUCAAGACUUCAAUUGACAUUGUUCAUUGGUUAACUUUUCAAGCGCGUGCUUUUAGAGGUCGUGAUGAAAGUACAGAAUCAUUAAACCAAGGAAAUUUUCUUGAAUUGAUAAAACUCUUAGUAGGUUACAAUGAUGAAGUUGUAAAAGUUGUGUUAGAAAAUGCUCCAUCUAAUAGCAAGUAUACUUCACAGCUAAUUCAAAAAGAGAUCUUGCACAUUCUUUCAAGUAGGGUGAAAAAGCAUAUCCGUGAAGAAAUUGGUGAUUCCAAGUUUUGUAUAAUUGUAGAUGAAGCGUGUGAAGAAUCCAAAAAAGAGCAAAUGUCUCUUGUUUUAAGAUUUGUUGAUAAAGAUGGUUUUAUACAAGAGAGAUUUUUUGGUCUUGCACGUGUUUGUGACACUGCAUCUUUAACUCUUAAGCAAAAAGUUUGUGAUAUACUUUCUCUGCAUAACCUUGAUGUCUCCAACAUUCAUGGUCAGGGGUAUGAUGGUGCUAGGAAUAUGAGAGGAGAAUGGAACAAUUUACAAGCAAUCUUUAUGAAGGAUUGUCCUUAUGCAUAUUAUGUUCAUUGUUUUGCUCAUCAAUUGCAACUUGCUUUGGUUACUGCAUCAAGAGAUAUUAAACCAAUUCAUCAAUUCUUUGAGAAGCUUACUUUAAUUUUCAAUGUUGUUUGUUCUUCUACAAAGCGCCACAACGAGUUACAAGCUUCUCAAUUAGAUGAAAAUGAACACUUAUUAGAGAUUGGUGAGAUUGUAACUAGUAAAGGUGAAAAUCAUAUUGGUACUUUAAAGCGAGCUGGGGAUACUCGUUGA